AUGGGGGCGACAUGCGCCAAAAACGGUGUCAGCGGCGGCAUCUCCAAGGGCAGCUAUGGGCGAAAGCAUUCUGGCAGUGGCAGUCACGUGGCCUGGCGACAUGAACCUCGCAUCCACGUGGAGAGCUCCUGUAAUGCGGAUGUGUUGCCUAGGUUGGAAGCUCGCCCAGAUUUGAGCGAGUACUCUUCGAUGGAGGUGGACGAUGUGCUGUCUAUUCCUUCCGUGGCACGUAACGGUUCACCGGUGGCACAAACACCGGAACAGUCGAUGCCCACGCUUUCCGGGGCGUUCCGCCCGCAGUCACAAUCGACGAUGACAGGACUGGAGGUGGCAGCGAAGGCAGCGGCGUAUGAAGCAGGUGCAGCUGCCGUGCUCGAUGAGGAGGGGCGGUUAGAGGAACCACCUUGCGACUUUGCCUCCACGUACGAGGUGCAGCCUUCCGAGACGAACUCAGCAGCGGCGUGCGUGAAUGGUACGUUGGACGGGCCCCCACUCCCUUUUUCUCCAGUCUAUGAGACUGAGGUGUCAAGUUCAGCGUCAUUAGCGACAAACACUGUAGCGGACGAGUGCGGAGAGGGUCCCGUGGCGCCCCCCUCUGCAGCUGGGAAGUUUCAGUUGGGGGAUUCUGACUAUUCCACCUCCACAUCCAAUUGUUUCACCUGCGUCUCUUUCGAUGAGGGGAGGCUGCUUUGGGCCCAGCCGCGGCUUCUGCACUCCGCCACCCUAGAUCCUCUUCGGGGGGCGACUGGUUUGAGUCACGCCCAAACACGCGCGGUUGGGAGCGCAGAGGCCGGGGCCCAGAAGGAACAAGCGUGUGCAGGCUCCACAUCACCACCGAAGAAUUUAGCAUCAGAGCCCAGUGCUAGCGACACUGCACGAAUUAAAACAAAAGAACCAAAUAGAGAAGAGGAGCGGCACAACCAAAUCAUAUGUACACAGGAAACUCUUGUCGAGGCAGAGGUAUCUGGGGGAAGCCUGAUUGAAAAAACGGAGGAUGAUGUACAAGAAGUGAUUCUCGCAGCGUGUGUGGAGAGACAAAUGUCUUCACGGCAACCAGGUCCCAGAGAGACCCAUGUGGAUCCUGUACGUUCUGCUUCUACUAGUGCUUCUCAGCGGAUGAGUCCUACACGCGACAUUUCACUCACAUUUACCCCUCUCUUGGUUGCCGUUAACAGCGUUGGUGCGAGAACGCCGACACACACAGAGCCAUCUUUGCUUCUUUGUGCCUCUGAUUGUAGUACAGAGGUUGCCAACACGAGCUCCACCGUGAAUUUCGCACCGCUCUCACAAGUGAGAUUAACCGAGGAGACGCUUCAGGACGCCGAGUCUCAGCAACCAUCGCUGCAGUUGCCACUGUGGGGGGAAUGUGGCUCUGUUUCAUCCCCUGCCCACCCUCACAAUACGCCGCCGAUGGUUUCUGCCACGAUUGCUAAUAAGGCUACUGAUGUGAGUGCCGUGCCUAGUAUCAGGGAGCAGGUGGGAGUGGAGAGAUGCUGGGGGAGCGGGUCCGACUGCCUGACAAAUGUUGAAGGAAGUGGGGUAAAGCGUUUACCCUUAGUCGUGGCCGUGCUGGAGGGACAUUUCGCCACGAGUGAAAUUACAAGCAGUCACGGGAAUGCGUCGCAUAGGCCGGGUCUUUCGACGGCAAGAUCCUGCGAGGGUCUUGUAGUGACACCGCGUGCCCUACCGACAUCUGCGUCGGAUCUUCACUUUGCCCAUUGCCAGUGUUGGGGGGCACUGCCGCACACUACGUCGUCGCCCGGCACGUACUCCUCUUCACUCAGUCUGCUAGGAACGGCACCACGCAGCACUGUGCCACGCCAUCGAGGUGGGUUGUUAUCGCCCUUCCCACUGUUCCCGCCGUCGCAUUUAACAUUUUCAGGGACUAAGGAGGUUGCGGUAAUAGACAGUUUCGAGACAGGCUGCCACGUGCAUCGUCGCAGUUGUGCGUCACCAUCGCCAGAGCAACCCCAUUUGUCGUCCUCGUUGUCUGGGCACUUGUGCUCACCGGGAACCGAAUUCGCCUUAUCCAAAGCAGUUACGCGUGCCAAUAGUUCAGAGGGAUUGGUGGAAACGGUAGCAGAUAGCUGCGCUGUUGGGGAACGGAAAAGCUCAAGGUACUUCUGUCGAUGGUGCGACGAACCCUAUGCGUGGCGUGAAGUUUGCGUGGUGGCAGAUGAGCUGCAUGAUGUUUUGCGUAUACGACGGAAGCACGAAAAAGAGGUGAAAAAACGUGCCCAAUGGCUUCUUCGCUGUGGUAGAAUCCAGGAGGCUGUCUCGGAGUUGCAGGCUGCCGGGGUAGUGUAA